UGUCAGCUAUGACGAAAAUCUGGUCUUUGAAUUGUCUCUAAUAAUAAAAGCCAAUGCAUCAUACAAACUGUUUGUGUUAUUACUAUUUAGAAAAACACAGUACUCAACAGAUGCUUAGUUAUGCUUCUUUUUUUAUAAAUUUACUGCCCGAAAGUAGUAUCAAAUGAGAAUGAUCAAACCCUUUGCACCUGUUCAAGACAAACGGGGCUAUAUGGUGACCAACCGAUAAAUGGGGAUACUAUUCGAGACCCACUGUAAGGUAGCUCCAAAACGAAUAAUGUAAUCAUACUGAGCGUUUUCGUAAGAGACGUUUAAUCAUGAUCCGGAGAAGAAGUCUUGUGAUUCUCAUCCGCAAUGGACACUGACGGCAAAGAGAAACUGUGAUUCUAUCACAGAACACAGCUGUUUGUCGAAUAUACUACUCGGGUGAUAGGGAACAACCUUUAAACUUGUCAUCUAUAAAAGUCAAAAGGCAUUCUAAAUUCUACCCGAGAUUUGGCGAGCUAGACACCCGUGGCGUUAGAUAUAAAAAAAACUAUAUUGUUUGAGAGUCCAUAAUAAUGAGGAUAUACUGACUAGAGGAACAGACAGAACCAGCAGAAAAAUAAAUGAACCUAAAUUAGCGACCUUGCUUCGAUCAAAAACAGUUGUACACGUUAGAAAGCAGUAGCUAUUUCUAUGAAUUGUGUAUCUACUUGAAUUACUCGUUUAAAGUAACAGACCAGCAAUGCGAAAUUGGUUACUUAAUGUACGUAGAAAUUAGCUUGUUUCGAUAUAAUCAGAACAUGAGACAGGCUGUGAUUUCGAUAACACUGCAUGUCCGUGAUAUGUGGAAGAAGCCACGUGCCGUCAAAAAUGGUGAUUUGAGCGUCCACUAAGUUAUUAUACUCACUGUAUACCAUGUAUGCAUAUCUGAGAACUAAUUGCAAUACUCUCACAAAACAGAUUUAUCCUUAAAAAUAUUUGCUGGAAAACUCACUGUCUGUUGCAAAGAGGAGAAGGGACCGACUAUAUGCCUACAAUUAGGAUACCAACGGAUUCACAGUUUUCAAACAAAAGUAACUAAGUUUAAAAACCAUUAUUCUAACUAAAGGCCGACCCUCGCUAACCACAGAGUUAUGUCUUAACUAACUAUAAGCGUAUAUUUUUUCCUUUUCCCUUAUAUUAUCUGUAAUCUCCACAAUCCUUCGCAAUUUCUUAAAUUUCUUUUGGCAAAUCAUCACUUGUUCGUUGCCCGUUUUAUGGAAGCACUGUCUCUCCGUCUCUAAUAAAUGGUCCAUAUAGAGAUGUACCAAAUGAGAAUUUAAAAUAGACGUACAAACUUUCGACCUUCUAAAUCUGCAGUAGCUCAAGAGUUGCUUGCACACACAAGACUUUAUUGCUUGUCUUUGGAGCUUCAGUUCCACGGCUGUGGAGCGCACACAUUUGGUUGGCUCACAUUGGCUCAAUAGGCCAUUUCUAAUUAAUGUUACAAGGUAACUAUGUAUCUGGCUGCUUUCCGCCGUGUGUAUGAAGGUAACACGACAAAGUAGUGCGUUUCAUUACUGACUAGCAACAUUUAUAUGUUGAAAAAUCGACUUUAAUAUAUCUCUAAAUGUUUUAUUAUUUUUGUUUUUACAUAAGCAGGAUACCUGUGCAUAUCUUUGUCCCUAAACGGAAUUGGUAUUAGCUUUGAUAUUUAACAGACACGAUUGAGGUAAAGCGGAACUCUCAUAUUCGAAUUUUUUGUGGUACAUUCCUUGUCAUGUAGAAUGGAUCAAAAACUUAUCCCAAAAUAACUUUAGUUCAUUACAUAUAUUUUUAGUUUUCUGUUAACUAAUUGGAUUAACGAUAAAAAUAAUUAAAAAUAGGCGUUUGCAGUAGCACCCUGUGUACCAUCACACAUGUAGCGUUGUGUAUGUAACACAUAAAUGUGGUUAUUUUUUAGCUAAUCCAUAUAGAGGACCUAAUUGAAGCUUUGUCAUUUGCCUAACGUGUUCGUUUGGCUCUACACUUACCAAGCUCAUUUCAUUCAUGCCGCUUAAUGAACUGUGUAUAGACAAACUGCCCUCAGACCUCUUGAAUGUAGGUAAUAAGCGACACAGAACAUGCUAUUAUUGUUACUAUUAUAUACAAGAAUAUAGUAAACGAAGCCUAAAAUUGAAAAACAGCUUUUUCAAUGGCAUCGUAUAGCGCAUCGCUUACGAAGCCGACUAAAUUUGCUGUGAAGUGUCUAGCAAGCAAAGAUGGAUCAACUUAACUGAAAUAAACACACACGUUAAAUGUAGCGUAUGCUGCCCUUCGUGUGAAAGCAUUCAACGAACCAUACCCCAAAUAGGCUCUGCAUUGAUUUGAAUCAAGUUUCCCAUUCACUUUUGUUGCAGCCGAACGACCAUGUUUUCUGUAGCAUAUACUGUGUAUUUCAGUUAAUUGGCAACGCGUACACAACGAUAUCCAGCACGGUGCGCUGCAGUCUACCUAAAGUCGCCCCUCAGCUAUUGUUACUGUUCGCGUCUUCAUGCAUGCGUGGCAUUUCAUGCAAUGUAACGUGCUGCCGAACAAUUUUGUGAGCCUACAUAGUUAAUGUCUAUGCGUGAAUCGACGUACACUAACGACAACACGUACCUGAUUAAUAUAGGUACAAUUAGCCAAACCAAACAAACAAUCUCGUGAUUAACUGGAUUGACAGUUUUAUCUAGAUCGUUUAUCGUUCAAUAGGGCUUGCAACAGUUAAUUUUGUGUUUUGUCAUUGUUGAAUAGGAGUGUCGUUCAAGAUGCCUACCAAGGCAUUAAGAAACAGGCUUGUUGGUGCACUCUGGCCGCAGUCGUUAGCAGGACGUGGUUCUAGAUUUCUUACGCCAGAUGACAUUGGGCGACCCAGUAAGGCCGUGCGCACCGUCCAUUGUGUAUGGCAUAAAACGCAAGGCCUGCUCGGGCUACCAAAGCCUUGGAUGGACCGAUGGAAUCUUUUGCAGCAGGAGCAACAAAAGAACAACGAAAACCUAUUUGGUCCUAUUCACAACGAGUCAAAAAAUUCGAUUUCUUACCGGGCCAAGCGGAAAUCUAUUUAUGUUUAUCCUGAUCUUAAAAAAUGUCCACCAGACCCCCAACAGGCUCGGAAGGCGCUCGAGGUUCUCAGUGAGCCGGGUGAACCUGUAAGCAAAUAUGAAAUUCAGGAAAUCAUCGGCGGGGGCGGCUAUGGAACGGUGUUUUCCGCGAAAGAACGGGAUAACGGGAAGGAUGUAGCCAUCAAACAAUGCGAUCCACACUACGUAUCAAAGCUGCCUUCGCUUUUUUUGAAUGAGCUAUUAGCCCUAAGGAUAUGCAAGCACCCGAACGUUGUAUCGCUUAUUGCAUGCCAUAUGGCGUUUCCAAUUGAUGAAGAUAGUAAACUUAGCAACAACCUAAGUAUUUCGGUUCGUGUCCCGUUUCUCGUUAUGGAGUACAUGGAAACAUCGCUCUACAAUCUGUUGAACCUGGUCUAUCCGGCAAAUAGUUUGCCUGAGAAAAUGGCUACGUUCGUUAUGCGUGAAGUACUUACAGGAAUGGCAUUCCUUCAUCAAAAAGGCGUAGUCCAUCGAGAUCUCAAAUCCGAUAAUAUACUUCUAUCGAGAAACGGUAAAGUAAAAAUUGCCGAUUUCGGUCUCAGCUGCCGGUUUGCCUAUCGCGACGAGGAGUUCGAAUCGACUAUAGGCACCUGUUUAUGGAUGUCACCAGAAAUGAUUCAAUGCAAGCCGUAUACGUUUCGAGCCGAUAUUUGGUCUCUGGGCAUACUGUUUAUCGAACUCAUAGACGGUGAACCACCUUACAUGGAUCUACUUAAUGGAGGAGAAGCUAAGGACGCUAUAAUGAAGCUUAUCAUUGUCCACCCACCAGUGCGGCCAAAACGAGAAAUUUCGCCUGAGCUUGAAGACGUUUUUAGGGCAACGCUUCGAUAUCGAUCGGAAAGACGCUUAUCAUGUACGUCGAUCCUCAUGAUGCCGGCGCUACAAAACGUAUCGUCAAUGGAUCGAUUUGCCAGUUACGUAAGCUCUGUUCUCAAAUUUUAACACUAUAUAUACGGCUGCAGGCAAAAUAGCAACUCUGACUCUAUGCACCAUCUCGUGGUAUGGUACUCUUAUUUUAUUUAUUGAUUGUUCUGUAUGUAUAAGGAUCAAUAAUGCACAUUUGUAGCUUGACUGAAUCUUUUCUGAUGAUAAUACAAACGGACUUUACUUCACAUUCUGCGUAUCGCCACUGAACUAAUUGUUUCCAUUGUGUUCAACGUAAUCGAGUAGUCGCAGUGGUGUGGUUUAGGGUGUAAGGGCCGCAACGAUUCGUUUGCUAGUUGAUAGACACCGUGAACAAUAAACUUAAUGUAUUGAUUUACGCAUGAUACACUAGGAACAUGUUGGAUCAAAAGAUUUGUCUUUUUUGUGCAACUCUUAAGCUGUAUCGUUCCGUAAUUGGUUUCGCGUGGCCAGGCAAUUACUCAGUUUUCUUUAAAUUCUAAAUUAUGCGAAAUUUGUUAACUUUUGCUUGACCAAUCACCACGGAUAGUGUCCCCAUAAUGGUACAGUACUAACGUGUUUUCCUACUAAAUUUGAAGACGCCUAAGGUAGCUUAGAUUCAAUAUGUAGUUCGUUUUGUGUUGGCUCAACCAUUUGAAUUAAUAUAGUAUAAUGAUAACUGCAGUACCGUACGUAAAAUCCAAUUUAUUCAUUUGUUCUAAACGGCUUUAAAUGUAUUCAUUAUCCUAACAGCAUUUUUGAUGUUUCAGCGUUCAAUCUCUUCAUAGAAAUAGAUGUAUAGUAUAAUCGGUACGGUGCCUAAUUCUAGGCAUUUUAGUGCUUUCUUUCCCGUGGCUACGUCUUUUGCAGCCCAAUAUGCUAAUCGCUUCAUAUCCCUGCUCCGACUGACCACUUCCGUAAUCUGAGCACUGUCAUCUGAACACACGUCAUCACAGUCAUCUGACGAUUUUCGCGUUUUCACACUCCCAUCUAUCGUCGUACAACAUCCUCAACAUCAUUCUUUCGUCGAGUAUUUAUAGUCUGGCGAUCCUCGUGCGAUAUCCUGUAUGACACACAUCUGAUCUCCAUUCCGCUAAGCUUUUUUUGAUAACGCUUCAUGGCUAAAUCCUCUCUUCCAGUCCUUGCUUCGAAGCGGGCGACCAUGCAGACUACCUUUCAACGCCACUUCAAUACUAACGGUUGCCCCAGUCUGCGUUUCCGGCCUCGUACUCGAACAGCUAA